GGAUCAGAGUUUAUUCAAACAGUUAAGCAUUGGAGCAGCUGCGGGGACUGGGAGGGGUUUGCAGCAGCGGCUGCAAAGCAGGGCUCGCGCUGCCUGUUUUCACUGCCGCAGCAGCUGCGCCGGAGAGAAGGUGGGACUCGCUCUCCUUCCCCCGUGGGUCGGGACUCCGCUCGCCAGGAAAAGUUGUUCUCUUUCCUGUAUCCCAUUGAAGACAAGAGCAGGAGAAAGAGGAAGACGUGUCUGUGGAAAACUAAAAGGUCUCAUUUGUGCUCCAACUUUUACUCACCCUGAGAGAGACCUGCUGAGCCGGGAAGAUGCGUGAGUACACGGAGAAGAAGGAGACGUGCGGCACUAUCUGCCUCAAAUACCUGCUCUUCAUCUUUAACUUCUUCUUCUGGCUGGCAGGUGGGGCGGUGAUGGCGGUGGGUAUCUGGACUCUGGCCGAGAAGAGCGACUAUAUCAGUCUCCUGUCCUCCAACACAUACAUGGCGACUGCAUACAUCCUGGUGGUGGCGGGGAUCGUUGUCAUGAUUACUGGCAUCCUCGGGUGCUGCGCCACUUUCAAAGAGCGGCGGAAUCUGCUGAGAGUGUACUUCAUAUUGCUACUGUGUAUUUUCCUGCUUGAGAUCAUUGCUGGAAUCCUGGCCUAUAUCUACUACCAACAGCUGAGUAUGGAGCUGAAGCAAAACCUGAAGGAGACUAUGACCCAGAAGUAUCGGAAGGAGGGAGAGGAGGGCGUGACCAGCGCGGUGGACAAAUUGCAGCAGGAGUUCAAGUGCUGCGGCAGCAAUAAUGCUACAGACUGGAGUGAGAGCAUCUGGAUCAAAUCCGCGGAGGCCGGAGGGCGGAAAUUCCCAGACAGCUGUUGUAAGACGAUAACAGAAGGGUGUGGCCGGAGAGACCAUCCUUCCAACAUCUACAAGGAGGGUGGCUGCAUCACUAAGUUGGAAAACUUCAUCCAGGAACACCUGAAAAUUAUUGGAGCAGUGGGGAUUGGCAUUGCUUGUGUUCAGAUCUUUGGAAUGAUCUUCACCUGCUGCUUGUACAAGAGUUUAAAGUCAGAACCAUACUAGGAGCACCAGGAAAUCCAUCAGCUCCCCCUCUACCACCACCCUCAAUGUCUGUCAACCCCACCAGCUUCUACCCAGCAGCAAAGAAACAUCAGUAACUCAAGGACUUGCCUUCCUUAUGAGGUGACUCUUGGAUCAUCCAGCACCUACCCUGCCUCUGCCAGAGAAGGCCACCCUCCUUGAGGUGGCACAGGACGGCCAGGAGUGCAGGGGGUUCCCUGUGUGUUCUAGAGCAAUUGAACUGCAGAUUCCAUUCUGCUAGAAGCUUUAACAAACCAGGCCCAUGUUGCAACCUCAAAGAGAAAUCAUCCAAGCCCAUUGGGGCCCAGCCGUUGAGGAAUCGGGAUUCCACACAAGAACAAUGGUUUGCUCUGGCUGAUAGACCACUCAGCAGCCUGUGCACCGACCAUGAGGACGGAUGAUGUCUCUGUGCUGGGUGGGAGCCCACAUCAAUUCUCACAUCCAGAAAGUUCCCCUUGGGCCAUGCCCAUGCCCUAACAGAGCUAUAUUCCAUCUGUACCUGCUUUUGUCAGUUGCUGCUGUCACCUCUCUCCAUCUCCCCAGCAGGAGGGUGACCUGCCAGAACUCUGAUCUUGCCUGAGGCGUAGCCGGCUGGGAUUACCUUGCCCCUUCUUCCUCAAAGCCUCCAUCCCACGUAGAGUCCAUUGGGGGAACAGGGGCUCUUUGCCUUCAGUGACUGGAGAGGGAGUGUUCAAUCAUUUUCUGAUUCUCUGCGAUUUAUAUUUUAUUUAGCGGCUUCCAGUGUAAAUAGGAAAAAUUAACUUGUCCCCUCUUGUGCUCCCUGUCUGACAGGCCUUACAGUGGGCCAUGAGGGGAAUGUGUUGUACCUUGCCGCAUAUGGGUGUUUAAAUCCUUUGCCCUUUCAGUUGCCCUACUGAAUGGCCUACUGAAACACCCUCCCCAGAGAAACCCUCUGAUGUGACGAGAUACUCCCCAGUAUGCCCAAGAGAGACGGGUGUGGACGCUGCGAAGGAAAUGCACUAAGGGUUUUGUACAGGCCUCCCUGGAUCUCAUUAAUCAGUUAGGCUCUAAUUAAAUCUGUAACCCUGCUUUCUCAUUCCUCUCACCCAAUAGCCUGCAGGAUCAGCUUCAUCUGACUGCAAAACAGACUUGGUAAAUUGGUAGUACCAGGGGAUGCUAGUUAACUGUCUGAUUAGUGUAAAUGUAUCAUGACUUCACUAGAAUCCCUGGCACUUUUCAGGGGAAAAGACAUCUGUUGCCAACAUAGUCUCUCCCUAUGGCUGUGAACCAUGAUGCCAGCUGGGUGCUAGCUUGAAUUCCUAGCAGCCACUGUGCCGCCAAGGGAUAUUACUUUGAAUCGCCGGUGUUCCAUCGGUGCUUCCAAAGGAUAGACCCGGCACUCGGGCACCUGGCAGGCUUUGCACACACAAAUCAGUGCAGCUGUGAAAUGUACAUAGUGCCUUUAGAGACGCAUGGGUGAAAAUUGGGUCCUCGAAUGCCCAAACUGGUAAUUAGCUCUGAAGUGAAACUAAAUCAGGAUUGGAUGCCUUUCUAAAAAAAAAAAUGCGCUCAAGCUCAACCAUCAGAGAUAGGUUUGAUGCAGGAGUGCUUCCCAUCAUAAGCACGCUCAGUAACCCCCUUCCAUCCCAGGAAUUCACUAUAUGAACCCAGUACAGCAUCCUGUGCAUGGUGACCCCUGCUCCAAAGGAUUUACUACGCCACCCAGCACAGCAACAGAUUCACUGCAUUCCCUGGAGCUGGAUCCUAGAUGCUCUGAAUAAGUUUUGUUUCACAGAGAUCUCUGUGGUCCUGGUGCUAGAGGGGAGAAAUCACAAGCUACUAAGGCAUGUAAUUUAUCCCUGAUGUUCAGCAACUGCAAAUCCCAUCCCCCCCAAACUGGUUAUUCCCCUCUCAGUCCCUUCAGAAGUUGGCCAGGAACAGCAGGUCCAGGGUGAAGUGUGAAGAAAGGGUGAAGUGAUGAAGUGAAGUGAAAGCACAUGUGGGGUUGUGUAGAAAAGUGAAUAACAGGGCUGUGUGGGUUGGCCUUCUUGAAAGUCCCAGCCUAAAAGUGUCCGUGGAUCCUUGGAGCCACUUCCUCUGUCAGUACGAGUGAACAGAGGUGGAGCGUGGUUUGGGAAAGUGCAUUCACUGCAGGAGACAGUAUAAACUGAGUGUCUUAUUCCCUUCCUUGGCCUUUUGUUAUGGAGUUUGUUGUUGCCUGGCAGCCAGACAGUUAACAGUUGUGGAAUCCCCCACAGGGCCUGCUUUGCUCCAUAUACAAAAAGCCUCCUGGUAAGAGGUUUAAAAGGCGUGGGGGGAAAAAAAAUCAGGGCAGGUGAAACUGGGAAUCCCCAAUGCAGCAGCAACAUGAAAUAAUUCUAGAUGCUAACAAAGAGAAUGGGGGAGGAGGGGCAUUUUGGCCCCUGGGGUGGUGGAAGGGGGAAAGAGAACCUAAAUUAUUACAAACACUCUAAAGGAUAAAACUCUAAAUUAUUGCUCAUUUUACAUUUUGGUUCCUGAGAAAUUGACUAUUAACAAAAAGGAAAAUACUGAGCACAUUGCUUCAAGCAAUAGUUCUAGUUACUUAAGUGUGUAUUGCUAGUUGUCUAUACCCACUCCCUGGAAGGCAUACUGUCCAGAGGGAGGGAGUGACCAGGCCUUUGUCCGCUGAGCUGUUUUAUAUUCCCCUAUGUAAUAUUCAUGGGUUUGUUUUUUGUUUUUUUUUAAUAACUCAGUUUAAGUUGCUGGUCAAUAGACAAUAAAGCUAAAGCCUCUCUACUUAUCCUUUGUAACAAUACCAAAGAGAUAACAUGUAGUAGUUGUUGUCGCAGCAGGGCUGCAGGGUCUACAGCGACAGGAAGGGUCUCGGAGAAAACAGGCCAAAGCUGGAAGCAGAGGUUCUAAGUCUGGGGCUUCACGAUCCUCAAAGGGGUUGCAAACAACUGUGAGGAAAUUACAACAACCCCGCCCUUCCCAUAUUGCUAAGUGGGAGUGGGGGUCUCCAUCUGGAAAAGCGCUGAUCUACAGGAGCUGGUUUUCAGAAUGCUGAGCACCCGCGCAUCCUGGGAGCUGUUGAUGCUCAGCGCUCCUGGAUAUCCGAUCCUGCCUGGUGCAGAGCGCCACUAACCCCCAUUGAAGCCAAUACAAGUUUAGGGCACUUGGCACCUCCUGUUUCCCAACAAGAGGCCUGAUCAGAGCUCAUAGAAGUCUAUGGGAAAACUCCCAUUGGCUUCACUGGGCUUUGGUGCAGGCCCAUGCUGAAGCAUGAGUCUCGGGGCACGAGUGCACAUAGUAUACAGUACACUCUGUAAAUAACAAGGGCUGAAUAAAUAGUGAGCAUGGGACAGGAUAAAAAAACCUGCUGGACCCAGCCGGUCCUUCAACCUGACCAAGUUGAUCUGGGAGAAGAGAGUGGGAAGCAGGAGACAAAUGAGUUCCAUGACGCUGUUUAGCCAGCUUGAUGGGGGUCCAGUCCUGCAAGGUGCAGAGCAACCACAGCUCCUAAGGUAGCUGAGGACCCAGCAGCUCAUAGAGUCAGGCCCUGAGUGAGCGCACACAGUGUGCCGCAUGCUCCGCUUCACAGUCAUUGCCCUCGUGGGAAUGGCCCUGCUGUCCAUGACACAUGCAAAGACUGACAGCUGAGGCAAGCUCGAGGGCAGCUCCUAUCCAGCCCAGCGGCUAGUGCUGCUGCCUCUGGCCUGCCAGGGGCUGUGUUCAAGUCCUGGCAGCAGUAACAGGCACGAUGUGCAGGAGCAGUGAGUCCAACCCCUGGCCAGAGAGCCCUGUUCCAUGGUUAAUUCUGCUCGAGCGUCUGCCCACUAGUUGCACCCACCCACCCGUGCACACUACACUUAACUGAAGUCCUCCACGUCUGGUACAGGGGCUUGCACUGGCUACCGCAGGUCAGUGGAAUCCAGCACCAGUGUGGUGCCAUACGAUGAGCUCUGCUUCUGUCUUGGGGCCUGUGCUGCAGGGAUGCAUUCCUGUGUCUGUGGCCUGGGCACAUCCGUGCCCUUGGCAUAGGUCACAGCUGUCUAGCAUCAGCCCUGGACGUGUGCACGGAGAGUGCAGGAGCAGACAAGUCUGGCAGCCUCUUUGCAGCCUAGUUUUGAGCUCACCCUGCGUUUGCCUUAGGAAUUGAAAAUGACAACCGUAAACCACAAGUGUCCCCCUUAUUAGCCCUGUGCCAAUGUGAUAGGAGCAAAAGCCUGGAGAAAUGUCCUCCUGCCAUUAACAUGUCUGACCACAGAGUGGCACUGUGCAUCCCACAUAGAGUGUAUCGCAUGAAGCAUUGCUGCAUCCCAGCUAACUGCGCUGGGCCUAAUGCAAAUGGUGCAGCUUUUAGGGGGUGCACCUGCCAGGUGCCUCACCAGACGUGAAGAGAGCAUAUUGCACAUAACUCCAGAAGAGUGGAAGUGGAGAGGCCUCUGCUUCCCUCCUCUGAUGGAAGGAAGUUAGUCGCAGCUCUAGAAAAAUGUGCAUUUUCAUAUCACAUGGUAGAUGCUGUUAUCGCAGACUGCGCUGAGGUUGGCUUGGGGCUUGGGGAAAUGUUGCAACGUACUCAGGCCUAAAAGGUGGGAUGCAAGAACAAAAGCCUGUUCAAACCACCUUAUGUAAUAAAUACUGCUCUUGGUUCA